AUGGCAACGAUUACAUUCUUACCAGGAGAAUUGAUAUCCAUUAUUCUCAGCUACAAGGAUAUCACCAUCGAGGAUAUCAUUAAUUUCCGAUGCGUCUGCCAACAAUUUCGUUAUGCAGCUAGUUAUCCAAAGUAUAUGGAAAUGAAAUUUUCUCAAAGGAGACAAUUUCAAAAAUACGUGUCUCAAAUGAAAUAUGAUCAUUAUGACGAUGAAUCAAUCGAUAAUUGUGUGCAAUUCGAAGAUAUAUUUCCUUCUGAUUUAGAAGACAAUAAUUAUGAAGAAUUCAAAUAUUGUAAUCGAAGAUUCACCAUAUUUUCUUUUUACAACGAUGAGCUUAAAAGCUUGCUCACACAUUCUCCACGAACUGGUUGCGAUUUAACCGAAAGAUAUUAUCACGAGAAACUAUUUAACUAUAUAAAGAAUUCUAGAAUAAAAUUAAGCUUGGGCAAAUUUAAGACUUUACCUGAUAGAGCACGGCUUAUGGAAUGGAUUGCCUUUAAUGUAGCACAAACCUUACAAAUCCAAAAGGAUGUAACUUACGCGUACGUAGUAGAAUCUUUGGAUAAUAUUGCACGAGAGGUACAAAAUUAUCUGAAACAAAAACAUCCAGAUCAUUCGAUAUUUUCGACGUCCGCUGAAUUUUUUUCUUAUUGGAAAAACAAUAAUAUAGACGAUAAUCACUGGAACGAAGCGGAAGGAAUUCAGAUUAUCGAUGCAUUAGACGAAUACAUAUUUCGCAAAUUAAAAUUUCGGCCGUGCGAAAUAAACGAUACAAUUCUGGAAUUCAUGUGUAUAGAUAAUGUACUAAAAAGUAGAUAUGGACAAGAAGUGAUUAUAUUAAUAAUAUAUCACAGCGUGGCAAGAAGACUUGGUCUACGUUCCGACAUUGUGGCAUUCGGUGAACGAUUAGAACUAUCUUACUGUAUACAUUGGAAAUCCAGAUAUGGCACGAUUAAUCCAGCAAAUAAAAGAUGUUUUAGUGUAAUGUUUAACAAAUUCCCGGAUUGUCGUGUCAAUAAAUCAACGUAUCAGAAGAGGUCGCAAAAUUUAUAUCGUAAUGAUUUUUUACCGUGCAACAGAUUAGGUCGAAUAUCACCAUGUGAACUGCGAGACAGGAUACUGCUAAGAUUUGCGGAUUUGACAUACCAUUAUAACAACAUUUCUCAGAUUAAGGAGCGAAUGAUCGUAACACAUCAUGAUGAUUGCAAUAAUUGCGACGGCGUCAUAAUCGGAUGGGAUCGUCAUACAGACAGACGUUAUGAAAUUUUGACAGAUAAUCCAAAUAACGCCAGAUGGCGAAAUAAUUCAAUGCAAAUAGACUACUUGCCUUUGAAUCAUUGUAACAAUUAUCAAUUUACAGAACAGCAAACAAAUUAUAUUAUUCUUACCAAUAAUAAUAAAAUAUGUUACGUAAAUGAAGGUAAUCUCACUUUAGCAGCGCCGAAAUGUAUUGAUAAUUCCGAAAUUGGUCGCUAUUUUUGUAAAUUCGAAAAUACGCAUUACGUACCAAAUAAAAUGCUAACGAAACUUUACCCGGAAGACUCCGCUCUAAUUACAUAG